UUUCAUGUUACAACUUCCACACCUCUUCUUCGGCGUGCGAUUGCUAGUAAUAAUCUGAAACACCUCUGUUCCAAAUAACAUAAUAUCUCAGCUGUUCUUUUAUAUAACCUAAAAUAAAACAAGGGAAAAAAAUAAUGGAUACAAUGGCAGACAGACGAGCAGGUGAGAGGAAUUUGAGAGAUGAGAGCAGGGAGUAUGCACGGGGUAACAGGGAUCGAUCCCCAGAUCGCAGGAAAACUUCACGACGAAAAGAGGAUGACUACAGAGAUGAAAGACAUACCCCAAGCCCAAGCCCAAGCCCAGGUCGUAGCAGGUAUGAACGCCACCCCCCUUCUCAAAAUGGCAACAGCUCUCCCAGUCCUUUACAUGGCAAAAGGAACUCUGAUCGUUACAGUCCAAACCCUCAAUCUAAUCCUAACUAUUCUCGAAACCCUAGAGGAGAAAGCCGCUAUGAAAGGGAGCGUAGCCCCAUUGCAAAGCCUUCUGUUUACAGAAAUGGUCAUCGUGAUCGAAAUUACUAUUCUGUGAGAGAAAGUCGUCAUGAAAGCGAGCGCAGUGGGAGUCCAAUCCCCAGGUUUGAGGAUUACGGGGUUUCGAACCCUCGACGGAAUGGGUUCUAUGACAUGGAAGGGCGGAGUCCAAGCCCUAUUUACGAUCGCAGAGGGAGUCCCAGUUAUAAUCCCUACAAGCCCACCGAAAAUCGCCAAGCGUUUUUGGAGAGGGAUGCGAGGCGUCACGAGGAUAACCAGUCAGAGAGUGACGAUGAGGAACUGAAGGGGCUGGAUUUUGCUGAGUAUCGCAGGCUUAAACGGCAGAAAUUGAGAAGAAAGCUGAAGAAUUGUAUUUGGAAGAUUACUCCUAGUCCGUCGCGUGAGGAGAUGGAAUUUGAUCCCAGCGGAGAGAGACCAAAUAUUGAAAAAACAGGGAUUGAUAGGUACGUGAAUGCAAAAUUGAAUGGUAAAAAUGAUGACCAUGAUUCCGAGGACAACGCACAGGAAAAUAAGAGGAAUGGAACAAAGAAGAAAGAUUCUGGCAAGUAUUCUGACCGUGGGAGUGAUGACGGUGAGCAGGGAAAGAAGAGAUAUAUGACGAAGAAAGGAACCGGGAAGUAUUCUGAUAGUGAGAGUGAUGACGGUGAGCAGGGAAAGAAGAGAUAUAUAACGAAGAAAGGAUCCAGGAAGUAUUCUGACAGUGAGAGUAAGGGACAGGUAAAGAAAAGAGAUAUAACGAAGAAGCGGUCUAGGAACUAUUUGGACGGUGGGAGUGAAGAUGACGAGCAAGGAAAGAAGAGAGUUUUGAUGAAGAAGAGGUCUCAGAAGUAUUCCGACAGUGGGAGUGAUGAUUCUGAUGGUUCCAUGUCUGAGAAGGGAUUGGAUGAUGACGUGUCAAGUGAAUCGGAUGAUAGGAGGAAGGAGCGUAAAAAAAGGGGUAGUUCUAGUAGGAAGAAGCGAUCCAGGGGUUCCCACAAGAGCAGGCAAAUGAAGGCAAUUAAUGAGAGUGAGAGUGAAAGUAGUGAAGAGGUUAGUGCGUCUGUAGGCUCAUCAUCAUAUAGUAGUGAAGAGGAAAGGCCGAGGAAGAAGAGCAAACAAGGGAGCAAGUACAGGAAGCCUAAGAAGAGGUCAAAAAGAAAGGUGCGUAGGUCCAAAAGGUCUAAAACAAGGAGUAGCAAAGAUGGUUCAGAGAGUGCAACGGAAUCAGAAGAUGGCACCAAUUCUUCUGAUAAGGAAGGGGGUGAUAGCAAGAUCCCCAAAUUGGCAAGGGUUUCAAAACAAACUGAUAGCAGGAAACACAAGCAGCAGUCACCUUCUGAGAAUAAUGCCUUUUCCGAACCCAGUAAUUCUGAUUCUGAACCUGUCGGGAUUGAGGAUGAUAAAGAGGACAAGAGCCAUCCUGUUGAAAUUGAUGAUGAGGCUCUUAUGUUCAAAGAAAUGAUUGAAUCUCAGAAGAAAUCAGCAGCUGCGGGGCUUGAAAAUGAGCCAUUUGUGGGUCCAGCCCCGGCUCCGAGAGCUGAGGGGCACAUUAGCUAUGGAGGUGCUCUUCGGCCAGGAGAAGGAGAUGCAAUUGCACAGUAUGUGCAACAAGGGAAGCGUAUUCCUCGAAGAGGAGAAGUGGGGCUGUCAGCUGAUGAGAUUCAGAAAUUUGAGUCACUGGGUUAUGUAAUGAGUGGAAGCAGGCACCAACGGAUGAAUGCUAUUCGUAUCAGAAAGGAAAACCAAGUGUACAGUGCUGAGGACAAACGAGCAUUAGCAAUGUUCAAUUACGAGGAGAAGGCAAAACGUGAGCAUAAGGUUAUGUCAGAUCUGCAACGUUUGGUGCAGAGGCAUAUUGGACAAGAUGUUGGCCCAACACAUGAUCCUUUUGCUGCUAAUGCUUCAGAGGUGGCAGAUGGUUAGGUUUUUGUGGAUGUUGUGUUAAACUUUAUGAACGUUUGUUCAAUUUCAGGGGAUGUCUAUACGUCAAGAAUGACUAGCUGUCCCUUGACGUUUUUUAAAGCACUGUAAAUGUUUCCUUUUUUUCUGGUAGAGGACGGCUCUGGGGACUUGUCCUACCUAUCCUAUCCCUGCAUUGCUGAAAUAUCCCCACUCCCAGUAUGGGUACAGGUAGACACAGAAAACACUUCCCCAUGGAACAUAGGUUUUGUUACUUUGUAGUAUUAAAUUAAUAUAUCACUUAUGUGUCAGCUAUGCUGCCAGCAGUUAUGUGUCA